AUAUCCUCACGCACCCCGCAGUGGAAGGUGGGUCGAGCUAAUACAGGUAAAAUAAAAUAAAGGGAAAGCUGAGGACUUCGCACGUGCGUAGUUUUUGUGCACAACUGAAAAACGAUGAUUCGUUUUCUCCGGAUUUCCGGCAUAUCGGCGCUCGCUCUCUCAAAACGACUAGCCGUAUCGUCCUCCCUCCGUCGCACGACAACAGGAACAUGGUGCUGUAAGAUGUCCACUGCAUCAUCAACUUCCUCGACUCACACCAUCUCCUUGCCGUGUCAACUCGGCCAGCCCGUUGAAGUCCUCGCCGCUCCCGGUCUCUCUGAUACCGAGUUCAGGACUGCAAUUGAUUCGUCCUUGUUCAAACAGUGGCUGAAGAAUCUGCAAAGCAAGUCUGGGAUUUUAGCUAAUGGGGAUAUGACGCUAACGCAAGUUCUAAUUCAGGGAGUUGAUAUGUUUGGAAAGCGAAUCGGAUUUCUGAAAUUCAAAGCCGACGUUAUUCAUAAAAUGACUGGGAAGAAGGUUCCAGGUAUUGUUUUCGCUCGAGGACCAGCUGUAGCUGUGCUAAUUCUUCUGCAAUCUGAGGGUGAGACUUAUGCUGUUCUUACUGAACAGGCUAGGGUCCCAACUGGGCGGGUUGUUCUGGAAUUGCCUGCUGGAAUGUUGGAUGAUGACAAAGGUGAUUUUGUUGGCACAGCAGUUCGUGAGGUUGAGGAGGAGAUUGGUAUACACUUAAAUCUAGAAGAUGUGAUUGACCUCACUGCCUUCCUGGAUCUAUCCACUGAAUGCAAAGUUUUUCCUUCUCCGGGAGGAUGUGAUGAAGAAAUUGGCCUCUUUCUGUACAGAGGACAUGUUGAUAAAAAGAUUAUCACGCAACUACAAGGAAAAGAAGCAGGUCUUCAAGAACGUGGUGAGCUCAUCAAGGUUCAUGUGGUUCCUUAUGAAAAGCUCUGGCGCACGACAGCUGAUGCAAAGGCUCUGAUGGCCAUUGCCAUCUAUGAAAUGGCCAAGAGGGAGGGACUAUUAUCUCCUCAGAAAUCUUAACCAGCUCCAAUAUCUACAGUUAGAGCCUGCUUGUGGUGAUUGUUCUGAUCACUUCAAGUGAUUGUUCUGAUCACUUCAAGUGAUUGUUCUAGAUCCUAGAUAUCUGUUUUGUUCUUAAUGAUGCAUGACUUUUGUGUAACGUUGUGGGAACAAAUGUCUAUUGCAUGAAGACAAUUAUUCAGGAAUGGGAUAAAAUAUUAAUGUUGCCGGUUUAUACAGCUACCAUUUUAAUUCACUAA